GCCAGCAAUGGUGGGUGUGGGGGCCCUGCUCCUGCUCUGGGGCUUGGCAACUCCGUGCUGGGGACUGCUCGAGACAGUGGGUACACUCGCACGGCUGGAUAAAGAUGAACUUGGAAAAGCCAUCCAGAACUCGCUGGUUGGGGGGCCCAUUCUGCAGAAUGUGCUGGGCACCGUCACGUCCGUGAAUCAGGGCCUGCUGGGCUCUGGAGGGCUGCUUGGAGGAGGCGGGCUCCUGAGCUACGGAGGGGUUUUUGGAGUUGUGGAGGAACUUUCUGGGCUGAAGAUUGAGGAGCUCACGCUGCCCAAGGUGUCACUGAAGCUGCUGCCAGGGUUUGGGGUGCAGCUGACCCUGCACACCAAGGUGGGCCUGCACGGCUCCGGCGUCCUGGGUGGCCUCCUUCAGCUGGCCGCGGAGGUGAACGUGUCCUCGCGGGUGGCACUGGGCAUGAGUCCACGUGGGACGCCCACACUGGUGCUGAAGCGGUGCAGCACGCUCCUGGGCCACAUCAGCUUGCUCUCAGGGCUGCUGCCCGCACCACUCCUUGGGGUCGUGGAGCAGACGCUGUUCAAAGUGCUGCCAGGAGUGCUGUGCCCCGUGGUGGACAGUGUGCUGGCUGUAGUGAAUGAGCUCCUGGGCUCUGUACUGAGCCUGGUGCCUCUUGGGGCACUGGGGUCAGUGGAAUUCACGCUGGCUACGUUGCCCCUCAUCUCUAACCAAUACAUUGAGCUGGACAUCAACCCCAUUGUGAAGAGCGUGGCUGGUGACAUCAUCGACUUCCCCAAGCCCCGCCUCCCGAUCAAGGUACCCCCCAAGGAUGACCACACCUCCCAGGUGACCGUGCCCCUGUACCUCUUCAGCACCGUGUUUGGGCUCCUGCAGAGCCACGGUGUCCUGGACAUAGACAUCACUACAGAGCUGGUGCCAAGCCAUGUCCCAAUGACAACCUUAGACCUGGUGGCUUUGGUCCCUGAGGCCCUGGGGAAGUGGCCCCCAGAUCAACACCUUCUGCUGUCACUGCGGGUGAAGGAGCUACCCACAGUCACACUCCAGAAAAAGAAAGCCACCAUCACUAUUCCAGCCAACAUUCGUGUGCUGGCCUCUGCCCCUCCAGGGACCCCGGAAGCCCUCUUCGAACUGAACACGGUCAUGACCAUGAACGCCCAGCUGACUCCAGCAGCCAGCAAGCUGCACAUCUCUCUGUCCCUGGAGCGGCUAAGCGCCAAACUGGCUUCGCCUGCCCACAUGUUUGAUGCGUCGCGUCUGCAGGAAUGGCUCAGCACUCUGGUUCGUGUGGCAUACGUGCCAAAGCUCAACGUGGACCUGGAUGUGGGCAUUCCCCUGCCUAAGAUCCUCAAUGUCAACUUUGCCACUUCGGCUCUGGAGAUCAUUGAGAAUGCUGUGGUACUCACUGUGGCGUCCUAAGGCUGGCUGUCCCCACUCCCUUUUGACCACGUCUGGGUCCUGCCCACCCUGCCUGGGCUCCCCUCACAAUCUCCAGUCCGUGUACACGCAUUCCCUCUUCAUCCCGAUCUUCCGGUGCCCUUGGGCCCUGUAGCUGUGUCCUGGACCGGGCGGGGCAUCUGGCUGCUGAGAGCUGGGCCCCAGAGCCGCAUC